AUGGACUACAGACCCCCCACGGGCGACGGAGAUAAUCCCACGGAAGCCCACCCUUGGGGUUCCCCGGGCGCCUCUCCCCAACAUCACCGAACCACCUUCAGUUCCGCCUCCUCCGAUGCCCCACCUUCCCCAUACCGUGGACUGGAUUCGCAACAGUCGGGCAACGGCAUCGCCACCGGAGGUCCCGACGACGGCGGUUUCGGUUCCGGCGAUCACGAGUACAGGCGACCGGACACUGCGAGCACGGCGUCGGCGGGCGAUAUUGCCGCAGACGAGUCGAGGGCGGAGGAAGCUGCGCCUACCCAGUCGCAAUCGUCCCAGGAGCAGGCCCCUCAACCCGCGGGCGAUGCCGCACAGCCCGGCCAGCAGCCACAGCAGCGCAAGCCGGCGCAACCGCAGUUCAAGCUGCAGGCUAAGAUUACCGGGCUUGAACGGACCGGGCGCAAGGAUCCCAUCCUAAGGUUCGAUGUGCAUACCAACCUUCCUAGCUUCCGAACGACGCAAUACCGCGAUGUCCGCCGCCUUCACUCCGAGUUCGUCAAGCUGGGGGAGCAUCUCAUUUCUGCGAAUCCCGAGGCCAUCGUGCCUGCCGUGCCUCCCGCAUUGACAUCUGCCGGCGCCGGCACGGAUGAGGACGAGCUCCGGGUGAAGGCGCUUCUUCAGCGCUGGUUCAACUACGUCUGCAGCAACGAGGUCCUUAUGAGGGACGACGAGAUGGUUUUGUUUGUAGAGAGUGAUUUCGGCUACAGCCCGUUGGUCAAGCGGAAGCAGCCUGCCACGGGAGUGAAGCGGAAAAUCCUCAAGCAGUUUGCGCCACCACCGGAUGACACUCCCGAGCUCCAAGACGCACGACCGAUCGUUAAGCUUUUCUACUUGGGCACCAUGGAUGCCGGACACAAGGUCGACAAGCUUGUCAAGGCACGGAGAGGACUCGGACUUGCCGAGGCAGACUUCGGCGCCAAAUUGACCGCCAUGAAUGUUCAGGAGCCGCACCAGGGCCUCGCCAACGCCUACCGCAAGCUCGGAAAGGCCGUACAGACCGCCGGCGACUUCCACGCAGCCCAGGCGACCGCCGAGGCCACGACCAUCGGCGACCCCUUCCAGUACCACUCGUCCGACGCCUUCAUCGUCAAGGAGACACUCACCAACCGCCAGAUCCUGAUCCGCGAGUUCCUCCAGGCCCAGGAGAACACGCGCAGCAAGCUCGGCGCCACGGACCGCCUCAAGGCCUCGUCGCGCGUCAGCCGCGAAAAGGUGGACGAGGCCAUCGCCGCGCUCGACGAGGCGCGCCACAACGAGGCCUACCUCGAGCAGAAGACGUCGCGCGUGACCAAGAAUCUCGUGCACGAGCGCCGCAGGUGGUUCGUCCGCACGGCCGCCGACCUGCGCCUCAGCAUCCGCGAGUACGUCUGCCGCGAGAUCGAGGCCGAGCGCCGCAUCCUCUCGCUGCUCGAGAGCGUGCGCCCGGACGUCAGGGCCAUCGACGCGUCGGGCGGCCUGAGCCGGCUCGGCCGCGAGGCCCACCCGCCGGCCAGGCGGACCAGCCUGGCCGCCAGCCAGGGCCCCAAGGGCGACGCCUGGAGCGGCGUCCCCCGCCGCUCGGACGCCAUGGCCCGCAGCAUGUCGGGCAGCCUGGCGGGCAACGUGGCAGAGGAGCAGGAGGGCGAGGAGGGCCAGGGCGGCGCUGCGCCGCAGGGUAGGGCCCGCGGCCUGUCUGGCGUCAGCGAGGAGGACGACGAAGAUAGGGUAGAUGCCCGGAAUGCGGCUAGCCGAUUGGCGACCAGUAUGGACAGCAGCGGCGGCGGCGGCGACGGCGGUAGCUGCGAGGUUGCUGCUGCUGCUGCUGCUGCUGCUACUGCUACUGCUGCUGCUGCAAGUGGACAACGCAUACCCUACUGCUCGAUCCUCACAUGUGUUCUAUCUUUGGAUGAAUCAAAACUUGUGAUAAUGGUCUACGAUAUAUGCCCUUACCCGACACUCCUUCGGAUGAGGGCAGGACAGGCAACCACCACGCGAAUGUGUCGAGACUCCUCGCGCACUCGCGUCUUUGGCCCUCGCCAGGACACCAUUACCUCUAAUGCGGGCCACACAGGAUGCGAAUUCUACCUCCUCUCCGAAACCAUCGCCUGUCGACUUGCGGUCAAUCAGUGCGUGCGCAAACCACAUCCGUGCGACAUGUCCUCACCGCCUGUCGUUCCGCCGCUGGAGCAAAGACGGCGGUUUGUGCGGCUGGAUGCGGGCGGGAUGCAAGGACGCCGCCCGUAA